AUGUCAUUUAAGCCGGGAAUAAGACAAAGACAUACAGCUACAUUUAUAGAUAAUAAAUUAUAUAUAUUGGGUGGUGCUUUAGGUAAUCAAAGUGGUAGUGACCCAGGAAGAGAGUUUUUUUACCUUGAUUUUUCCGUUUCAUUCGAUACCAAAAAUUUAGUAUGGGUAGAUUUAACUAACAUGAAUGUAGUCCCAUCACAUUUUGAUGCUACAGCUAUUAAAGGAGGGCCUAACAAUAAGACCUUAUUUCUGUCUGGAAGUCCAUCUCGUCCCAUUUAUGCAUUCGAUGCACAAAACAGUUCAUGGAGCAUUCCACUCAUAGUUGGAUAUGAUAGUAUUAGAGUGAUAGGUGAAGUUAUCAAUUUCAAAGGAGAAUCAUAUAAAUUUGGUGGAUUCUCAGAUGUUACAAAUAGAUUUACCGUAGAUAUGGUCAUUUUAAAUACAAUAAAUUUGAGUUGGAGAAGAGGGAGUAUUCUAAAUGCACCUUCUGCAAGGUGUUGUUAUGGUUCUGCUCUUUUGCCAAAUCAGGUUAUUGUUUAUUUUGGUGGUUAUGAUGGAACAAUUUUAGGACUUAAUGAAGCUUAUUUAUACGACACAAUUAAUGAUAGUUGGAAUACAAGACCCAUUUCAGGUCAAAUACCCUCUAAUAGAAGUUCUUUUGCAAAUGUUCUCGGAUUGGAUAAUAAACGAAUAAUAGUCUUUGGAGGAGUAUCUGACAUAGGAUACUCUACUACAGAUGCGCUUUAUGUAUUAGAUGUAAUAAACUUUCAGUGUCAAACUAAUGAAAGUGACGUUUUAUUACUCGAUAUUAGCAAUGAUAAUGAAUAUGUGUGGGCAUAUGAUUAUAUUUCUACAAUUCCAACAAUUUCUGCAACUCCUACAAUACCAAUUGCAACACCACAAACCGAUAAUAUGUCAAUUACGAUCAAAAUUAUCAUAGGAAUUUCAUUAGGAAUUCUAAUCAGUAUAUUGAUAGUUGGAGGUUUCUUUUUUUAUAAAAAUAAAUUAGCAAGAGGAAUUCCAACACCCGGAAAUGAAAAAGGAGAUAAUAGCAAUAAUGAAGUUGUAAAUACUAUUAUUCCAACACCUGGAAAUGAUGAAAAAAAUAAAGUAGACGCAUUUGAACAUUCACGUAACACAUCCUAUUAUGGACAAUUUAUUUUAACUGAUCCAACUCGAUCAAAAUUUAUGCCAAAAACGGAAGAGCUCAAAACGAACUCAUCUCACAAACUUCGUGGUCAUAAUCUUCGUGAAAAAGUUAUUAUCCUUAACGCCACUAAAGCUUAUCGAGACGAUUCUGAAUUUAAUUGGCAUCUAUCAAAAGAACCUGAAUUUGAUGAAUGGUCCUUGGAUAUUGUUAACGACUUAUCCAUGAAUCAGUAG